AGGGGACCCGGCGGCAUACCUCAUCCCGCCAGUGUACACGCCGGAUAAUGAUAAAGGAACCAUGACCCCCUUCUUCCUGGGCACGCUGGUCUCCAUGGGCACCACCUCAGCCUCCUCCUCCUGUGCCGGAGGUCAGUGCAAUGAAACCAUUACAGGAGCUAGAGACUACUGCUACACCGCACGCAUCCGCAGCACCGUCCUGCAGGGCCUGCCGUUCGGCGGCGUGCCGACUGUGCUGGCUCUGGACUUCAUGUGCUUCCUGGCCCUACUCUUCGUCUUCUCUUUCCUGAGGAAAGUGGCCUGGGACUAUGGGCGGUUGGCGCUUGUCACUGAUGCCGACAGGCAGAGGCGGAUGCAGAGUUUCCGGGUGGAGCGAGAAUAUGUGGCCUCCGCAAUGCACUCCGAGAGCCAUGACCGCUACGAGCGUCUGACCUCCGUGUCCAGCUCGGUGGACUUUGACCAAAGAGACAAUGGUUUCUGCUCCUGGCUGACUGCGAUCUUCCGGAUAAAAGAUGACGAGAUCCUCGAUAAAUGUGGUGCAGAUGCUGUCCAUUACCUGUCCUUCCAGCGCCACAUCAUUGGCCUGUUGGUGGUAGUCGGCGUGCUGUCAGUUGGCAUUGUGCUGCCGGUCAACUUCUCAGGAGACCUGCUAGAAAACAAUGCAUACAGCUUUGGGAGGACAACCAUAGCCAACCUCGACUCCAGGUAAGACUUUG